AUGACUUCUUUGGAACAAGUGGUUGGACAACUCCUAGCGCGUCAACAAGAGGCUAUGGAAAAACAACACCAACUAAUGGAAAGACUGAUUAUUGCUACACAAGGAUCAACGGCAAGUAAUGUAAGUGGGUCAACAACACCUUCUGCAAGUGUAACUGCCCCAGAAGCCUUGAUGGACAUUUUAUCGAAAAGUAUACGUGAGUUUACCUACGAACCUGAAGAAAACCAGAUUUUCGGCACUUGGUACGAGCGCUAUGAAGAUGUUUUCCAGGUUGAAGCAGAUCAACUUGAUGAUGCAGCAAAAGUGAGGUUAUUGUUGAGAAAGGUUAGUAAUGGCGUAUUUAACAAAUACAAAGACUAUUUACUUCCAAAACAACCUAGUGACGUCACAUUCCAACAAACAGUGGACAUCUUGAAAAAACUUUUUGGAAGGAAAGAGAGUCUAUUCAGUACUCGUGUAAAAUGUAUAACAAAUGUAAAAAAAGAAGACGAAGACAUAAUCAGUUACGCCGCCAAAGUAAAUCGCCAUUGUGAAAAUUUUUUAAUAAAUACAUGUACUGCUGAUAAUUUUAAAUGCCUUAUACUUGUAAAUGGCUUGUCAUCGCAUAAGGAUCAAGAAUAUAAAGCGAGACUUUUGACUCUACUAGAGUCAGAAACUGAACAAAAUCAGUUGAAUUUGGAUAAUUUAGUCGCUGAAGUAGAACGAAUCAACAGUCUUAAACGCGAUGUUUCAACAAAGGAAAAUCCAAAUGUCAACAUAGUUCAUAGUUCCAAGCAACGUACACCACAGAAUGCUAAUAAAGACCUAAAGCCAAGGCGAUCGUGCUGGCAAUGUGGAAAUAUGCAUUUUGUCCGGGAUUGUGGUUAUACAACACACAAAUGCUCACAGUGUGGUAAAGUUGGACAUAAGGAAGGAUUUUGCUCAUGCUUUCCAGAUAAAAAGCCAAAUAUAAGCAAAAAUAAUCAGCAACAUCAAAAUAAAAGUAAUUUCAAGAAAACGCGUAAAACAAUAAAAAGCGUAUAUGCAACCACAGCAGCAUGUAAAAAUAGACGAUACAUUUCACUACAAAUUAACAAUGUAAAUCUCUCUCUUCAACAUGAUACUGGUUCGGAUGUCACGAUCAUCUCAAAGAAGAACUGGGUAAAAAUUGGUAAACCAACUUUAAAAAUUUCUCAGCACAAGCCAAGAGAUGCUUCUACAAAUGAAAUUAACAUAAUAGGUCAGUUUCAGUGUACAGUAGUUAUCAAUAAUCAAAACCAAACUUGCAACAUUUUGGUAUCAUCACUUCCCGAUUUGAAUCUUUUCGGUUCUGACUUAAUGGAACAAUUUAAAUUGUGGAACCAACCAAUUGAUUCGUAUACAUCGUGUAAACAACUUCAAGUUAACAACACACUCACAGAAUCUGAAUUGCGUAAAACAUACCCAGAAGUUUUUAGGAAUGAAAUUGGACACUGCACUCAUUUUAAAGUUCACCCACAAAUUAAACCACAAGUCGUUCCUGUUUUUCGUCCUAAAAGGCAAGUAGCGUAUGCAGCAAAAGAUCAACUAGACAGUGAAAUUCAAAAACUUGAACGUGAAGGUAUCAUUUCACCAAUAAAUUUUUCUGAAUGGGCUGCACCCAUUGUGGUGGUGAAAAAGGCUUCUGGUAAUCUACGUAUUUGUGGGGAUUACUCCACUGGACUAAAUGAUCAGCUAGAACCUCACACGUUUCCACUACCUCUUCCAGAUGAAAUUUUUAUAAAUUUUAACAACUGUUCAAUAUUUUCAAUAAUUGAUUUAAAUAAUGCCUACAUGCAAAUAGAAGUCGACGAUGACACGAAAAAACUACUAGUUAUUAACACUCAUCGUGGCUUGUACACUUUUAAUCGGCUUAGCCCAGGUGUGAGAUCGGCUCCUGGUGCUUUUCAACAGUGUAUGGAAUCAAUUAUUUCUGGUAUUAAAGGCGUUUUUCCUUAUCUGGACGAUGUUAUUGUAGCUACACCAACACGCGAAGAAAAUAUAGCAGCUGUAAAACAGUACUACGGUAAAUUUCUACAUGAAAUGAGAAUGCUUAGAGAUCCUUUGGAUAAUUUACUCAAGAAAAACACAGCAUGGAGUUGGUCAUCUUCAUGUCAACGCAGUUUUGAACGGUUUAAACAGCUUCUGUCAUCUGAUUUGUUGCUUACUCACUUUGAUCCAAAGCUUCCUAUCAAAGUAGCAGCUGACGCCUCAAACGUUGGACUGGGUGCAUACAUCUGUCAUGUUUUCUCUCUCACUCCAGCUGAGCAAAAUUACUCUCAAAUUGAAAAGGAAGGAUUGGCGCUGGUUUUCGCGGUAAAUAAAUUCCAUAAAUAUUUAUUUGUAAGAAAAUUUAUUCUUCAAACGGAUCAGAAGCCCCUGCUUUCAAUUUUUGGAAAUAAAAAAGGAAUUCCGGCACAUUCUGCAAACCGUCUCCAGCGAUGGGCUCUUACACUCAUGUCAUACGAUUUUACUUUGCAAUACAUUUCAACUCAUGAAUUCGGAGCAGCUGAUAUUUUAUCUCGUCUAAUUUUUAAUGUACCAAAACCAAACGAAGACACUAUCAUCGCUUGUAUUCAAUUGGAAGAUGACAUCAAAAAGGUAAUUAACGAUAUCACAAAUGCCUUGCCGUUAACAUUCAACAUGAUUUGUGCUGCAACUAAAAAGGAUUCAAAUCUCCAAGAUCUUAUAAAAUUCUUACAAACUGCUCCAUACCACCCUCAAUCAAAUGGUCAGGCAGAAAGGUUCGUUGACACUUUAAAGCGCGCUUUGAAAAAACUCGAAGGAAUGGGCACUGCUAGUGAAAAUCUACAAACAUUUUUAAAAUGUUAUCGUUCUUCACCAAAUCCUAGCUCUGGUGGCAAAUCGCCUUCUGAAUUGUUCGUGGGGAGAAAAAUAAGGAUUAAUCUUGAUCUACUUAAAAAACCAACAGAAUCCCAAUUACAACGAAACGAGAAAAUGGAAGAACAAUAUAACAAACGUAAUGGUGCUAAAGAGCGGAUAUACAAUAUUGGUCAGAAAGUUUACGCAAAAUUAUACAAAUUAAAUAAAUCUGAAUGGUUCCCAGCUCAACAGACUCCUCCUAGAGAUCAAAAUAUGAGAGACAAUGAAUUUGAAUAUGUACCACUCACUGAUGGACAGACUACAUCUACAGAUGAAUUGCAACCUGUUCAAGAUCCACUUCUAGUUACUUCACCAUCUGGUUCAACAAACGUGAAUAGUCUACCGACAACUUUAGAAAAGUUAACGUCAACAUUAGAAGAAGGUGCAUCGACUAGUAAUUCAACAACAGAUCCUGUAGUUCAAACAGAUGAAGCUAAUUUUAAAUGCCUUAUAUUUGUAAAUGGCUUGUCAUCGCAUAGGUUAGGUUAG